AUGCGAUUAUUUAAUUCUUUCAUGUCCCAAGAUUUUCAAGAUCGACCCGAAGAAGCUCAAAUUGCAUUAGCUGGCUGUAAAUUUUUAGAUCUUUUGUGUACCUUGGAACUUGAUGCUUUUCAAAUAUAUCAAUGGAUUUUCAUUCGAGAUACAAUUGAGACAUUAAUUAAAACACACACUGAAGGACCUAUACCCAUAAUGGAAGCAUUAAAUGACAAGAUGGUCAACAGUCCAAUAGAUGCCUUUGAUUUUUCAUUAAUUGAAUCAAAUAUGGAACCCUCUUUAGGUUCCUUAAAACGACCUAUGUUAACUAUGCAUAGUAUUAGCUCUAUACGUCAAUUGGCAUUCUUUAUUGAACAAAUAGGGCUCUACGUAUACCAAUCGUCAUUUGCAUUAUCAAAACCUGAUCUACCUUUUAUAGAAAGUUUGUUAUUGAAUGACUUGUUAGAU